AUGGCCAAAACAGCGACCGCAUACAAGGAGAAGAUGAAGGAGCUCUCCGUCCUCUCGCUCAUCUGCUCAUGCUUUUACCCGGAAGCACGCAACAAGAUCCUGAAUGAGUUGGAAGGUAAGGAAGUCAUUUGCAAUAAAACGGACAUCGAGGUGAAGCCGAUAAACAAGCGAGCCUCCGGGCAAGCGUUUGAAGUGAUUCUCAAGCCGGUGUCUCCAGUGUCAGAUGUCGUCCACAACCUGGCUUCUCCACCCAAACGGGACAUCUCCUUGGACGACAUCGAGAAGAAACUGGAGGCGGCCGAAGAGCGGAGAAAGUACCAAGAAACACAGGUGCUGAGGGCUUUGGCAGAAAAGCGAGAGCAUGAGAGGGACGUGCUGUUCAAAGCCCUGGAGGAGAACAACAACUUCAGCAAGAUGGCAGAGGAGAAGCUCCAGAUGAAGAUGGAGCAGAUCAAGGAGAACCGUGACGCUCAUCUGGCAGCCAUGAUGGAGCGUCUACAAGAAAGGGAGAGGCACGCGGAGUUGGUGCGCAGAAACAAAGAAAUGAGGGAAGAGCUGACAGCAUGA